AAAACAGUUGCAAUAUUUGCUGUUUCAAGCAGCAGUUUUGUUGUUUUGUGAAUUUUCCUCGUGAAAAUGGAAUUUAGAGCGUCGGAAAAUCCCUUUAGGGAUGUCAUUGUGAAGGAGGAGUGCACAGAAGAACUUUCUAAUGCCCAUGGAUGGAAAAAGUACGGGGCAAUUCUCGAGGAUCUGGAGGAUAUUUCCGAGAGGAAUGAUGAGAAGGUAUCGAUGGAUCCUCUAUUGGAUGAUGACGACAUCCCGUGUAAAUUCUGUCGCAAGAGAUUCGUGUCUCAGCAUCUUCUGGAAUUACACAUGGCCACGCAUACGCGCAUCAAAGUUCCCUGCUCCAUCUGUUCCAAGGCAUUCUUCAGUGACAUAGCGCUGGGGAAUCACAUCAAGAGUAGCCAUGAAUGCGAGGAGUGUGGGGAGAUGUUCAAGUGCCGGGCUGAGGUGCAAUCACAUCAGUGGCAGAUACACAGGGAGAUUGUAUCCAAUGCAGAGGGCAGUGAUGUCGUGAAGCCCGUUAAGAGAGCCAUUACGUGUCAAACCUGUGGGAAAGCAUUCAGGCAUAAAUGUUUCCUGAAGAAGCAUCUUGAGGAUGGUUGCAGGAAGAAGAAAGUCUUCAAGUGCAGACACUGCCCCCAGAUGUUUGCUUACCAAAAAGCCCGGAAGAAUCACAUUAGCAAAAGGCACCCACGACAGUCAUCAUCCCAGAAAGAUUGGGAAGAUUGGGGGCCUCCUAAGAACGUGAGAAACUUCUCUUGCUCUUCUUGUCAAGACGAAUUCAAGAAUAGGGAACAACUAAAUGAGCACAUACGGAAGACUCACCACAACCGAGAUAAAUCAUUGGAAAAAACGAAAUCCUGUGAAAAGGAUCUCAAACAACCGUUCAAGUACGAGCGCCAUGCUGAAGCUCAUGCGAAAAAAGAUGAGGAAAAUCUUCAGUGCCCGCAUUGCGGAAAAACUUACAAGAAUACAACAAAUCUCGAUCGACACAUGCGGAAGUACUGUAGGGGAGAAGAAGCCACCAUGUAUUCCGGGAAGGUCUAUACGUGCCCCAUUUGUGGCUGGAUUGGUACUGUGGCCAGGGAAUUCCUCGUGCACAUUCGCAAACACAAUUAUAGCAUUGAAAUUCCAUCUCCUAUCCCGCUGGCCCAGCAGAAAAAUCAAAAAAUGCACGAAAUCUUCCAGAACACCCUAGAAAACUUCUCGGAAACACAAGAAGUUUACCAAGAAAGCAACUAUGUGAAGGAAGAAAAUUUCACUGAGGAGGACUUUCCGAAUUUCCUCAAUUGCCCCCACUGCCCGGAAAUUUUUGAUCAGGAAGAUCUCCUUGAGGAGCAUAUUGAGAAGGUUCACAAAAAGCUCCUCAUUCAGCUAAAUUGUAUCAAAAAGGAAACAACAGAUGAUUCCCCAUUCCACACACAGGAUAUUCUAGGAGAGUAGAUUUAUUUAGAAUUAUAUAGAACUUACAAGGAAUUAUAUAAUCAUUUAAAAUCCUCAAAAUUAUGGGAUUUUUUUUCUCACGUAAUUCUUCAAUCAGCUGUUCAACAUAACCUCAAAGUGUAGGGAUGGCAAAUGAGAAGCAAUUCAUCCGCCACUGUAUUUUGUAUGAAUUUCAUCAGGGAAAUAGUGCCACAAAAGCCUGUGAAGCCAUCUGUGAGGUCCUCGGUGAGGGAACAGUGUCCAAGAGUACGUGUCAGUUCUGGUUUAAGCGCUUCAAGCAGGGAGACUUUGAUGUUAGUGACCGGGAACGUACUGGGGCGCCGCUCAAAGUGGACGACGAGGAGCUACACGCCCUGCUGGCGGGGAAUUCAGGACAGACACAGAUGCAGCUGGCAGAACAACUUGGAGUAGCUCAGAAGACCAUCUCAAAUCGCCUACGGAGGGGAUGUGGAGACACGGGAAAAAAGCGUCCGGCGAAGCACAAAUGAAUCCGAGUGACCCUGAUUGUGUUCUUAUGUUCUGGGAAAACUUGAGAGAAACCCGGAAAAAUAUCCCCAUCCGGACAAUAUACUGCCUGAAAGAGAAAAAGAAACUGAAGGAAUCCGAAAGUAGACAAAAAAUUGACCACUGAAGAAGGCGAGGCGAUUUUCCGAAAACUCUGGUAAAAAUUGUGUUUUCUCGGAUUGACACGCAUCCAUGACGCCCCCGGAGGGAGCAUCUCAGCUUCUAUAAAAAAAACUGACCCUGAAGAAUGUUUUUUAUGAGUAUUUAUCUCCUUCCGGGGACGUCAAGUCAACUAAUCACUUGUUUAUUGGUUACUGUGCGUUCACUCCACAGAGAAGGAAAAGGAAAAAUUGAGAAAAUCUAGUGAAAAUUCCCUGCCGAUGUAAAAUGCCAAGAGAAGAAAAGGAGAUUGUUGACAAGGGUUCAAAUAAUUGACAAACUUACCACUGAGGAAGGCGUGGUUAAACGCCGAAAGCUUUGGGAAAAGAUUCGUUUUUUUUUAAACCCGCAUCCCUUAUUGACGCUCCCGGAAGGAGAAAAAUACUCCUAAAAAACAUUCUGCAAAGGUUCCGUCAAGAAUUUAUUAAUUCUGUGAUCUCCAUUCUGUGCAAGAGAAACCGAAGGAAGAGGAGACAUUCUGUGAUCCUUCUUGGACUGCAAGGAUAACAAUGAUUAAUCAGCCAAUCCAGAGGUUUGCCAAGGAAGAUUGAAAAAUCAGAAAAAUCCUUCUUUCACAUAAAACUGAUAUAUUUAUUUUACAUUAAUCUAUUGGUUUCUCAUCGGCCGUUAAUUUGUUACAAUCCUGUUGUGCUUUAAGCCACAGGAACAUCAGGACUCAUGGAUGGUAGGGUAGUAAUCCCAAAUUCAAGGAAUAAAUAUUUAUUUUAAUAUGAA